GAGCAGCCGCAGCAGCAGCGGUUCCCGUGUCGGCGGCGCUUAGUUUUGCCGAGUCCGCCAACGUAUCCGGACACCUUCCCGCACACACGCUCGCUUCGCGGGUUUCGUUAUUGUGCGAAUUGCUACAAUUCUAUCCAUCAGAAAAAUCAUCCGAGUGCAAUCUUCGUCGAAUGCGUUUCGUGCUGGAGCUCAUCAAAAUAAAAUCAAAUUUUGAAAGGGAUGGAGAGAGAACAGUGAUUCGUUUUUUUCUUUACACAAAAGUGAAUUUCUCAUUCGCGAGUGUUGUUACGUGAUUCGAACGAGUGCAAAAAAAUGCAAUUUUUUCGUUCGCCACUGUUGUAAAAAAAAGGAGAUUUCGCGUUGCGUGUUUCGCGCCGAUGAGCGACAGCGCGGCCGUGUUUUAUUCGGCCAAUUUGAAAGAAAAGACGAUAAAGAAGCGUACACAUGGAUAUUGUGGCCGACGAGGACGUGAUGAAAUGUAAUAAAAUUUUAAAAGAAGAGACGAUACUAAAUCGCGACACUGCAUGAUUUACCAGCGCUCGCUUUUCUCUAAGAGGCUUGCUCGCGUUUUAGUGCAAGAGACAUGUGAGGCCGAGCGCAGAGAAACAUUAAAAAAUAAAAGGUCGAAAAAGCGCGACCCGGAAGCAACAAUCUCCUGCGGUACAUAUCAGAGGGCACGUUGUCGAGUUAUAAUCUUCGAUUUCGAAAUCGUAUAUAACAAUAAGAGGCAACGCGAUAAGACGACGGUCUCAGCCACCGAUUGUAAUUCAAGAGACGAGCCUGAAAUCCAAGAUCAAUCGAGGAUAUCUCAUUGGAAUAUACAACACUGGCGAAGAUCGAGCAAACAAAGGAAAAAGAAAUAGCAGAAGGAGAAAAAUGUCGAGAAUAUCGGGUAUUCCAGAGGAUGCCCCAGCAGAGAAGAGAGAGCCUUGAUAACUGCUCCUCUAAAUCCCAACGGAAUAUCUCGGAAGUUCUCGAUACCCUCGCAAGCGAGUCCUGAUCUCGAAAGCCGAUCAACUUUGCUCUGGGGUGGAUAAGAGUUUCUCGAAACACCCGACAUUAAAGCAAGGCUAGAAAAAUAAAAAUCUCGAAUGUGAAGAUGGAAUCCCUAGUGGUCACGGCGCUGACGUUCCUGGCGACCUCGGCGAGCGGGGAAACGAGCGAAGCCGAGGACGACUCGGCGAACGACUCGCUCGACCCCGCCAGCAACUGCACGAACAACCUCUGCAUAUCCGAGGAUGAGUAUCUCGACGAGAUGCACGCUUACAUCUAUCCGAAAAGCUACGAGUGGGUGCUCAUCGUUCUCCACUGCAUCGUCUUCAUCGUGGGCCUGGUUGGCAAUGCUCUAGUGUGCCUGGCAGUCUACAGAAACCACACGAUGCGAACUGUCACUAAUUACUUUAUAGUUAAUCUUGCGGUAGCUGACCUGCUCGUCAUCAUUAUUUGCUUGCCACCGACGAUACUCUGGGACAUCACCGAAACCUGGUUCCUCGGACUCAUGCCGUGCAAAAUCGUACUUUACUUGCAGACUGUAUCCGUUUCUGUCAGCGUCUUGACUCUAACGUUUAUUUCCAUAGACAGGUGGUACGCGAUUUGCUUUCCACUCAGAUUUAAGUCCACGACUAGCCGCGCGAAAACGGCCAUUAUUAUAAUAUGGGUGAUGGCGCUACUCUUUGACAUUCCGGAUCUGCUGGUAUUUUAUACGCACCAGGAUCGCAAACUUCAUGGCAAAACAAUACUGUUCACCCAAUGUCUUCCGUCCUGGAGCAGAGAGAAUCAAAUAGCUUUUAACAUUAUCAAGCUUAUACUCCUCUAUACCGGACCCUUGAUGUUUAUGAGCUUUGCUUAUUGCCAAAUAGUUCGGGUACUUUGGAGGAAUGACAUUCCUGGCCACAACCUGUCAACCCGAAUCAUCAACGCGAACGAUUUGAGCUCGCAAUCAAACGUUGGAAACCCAGAGGGUCAAUUAAAGUCCCGCAGAAAAGCGGCCAAGAUGCUCGUCGCCGUCGUCCUUAUGUUCGCCGUAUGCUGCUUUCCGGUACACUUACUAAAUAUCCUGAGGAGCAGCAUUGUAAUACGAUCCAGUGAUCUAGUUAAUAUAACGAGUUGCCUCGUGCAUUGGCUCUACUAUGCCAACAGUGCAAUCAACCCUCUUAUAUACAACUUUAUGAGCGGUAAAUUUCGGAGGGAGUUCAAGCGGACGUUCUGCUGUCCGCGCGGCGGUGGCUCGCAUAAUCGGGCGGUCUACCGGAUGGCAGGUAUGUCGAAGAAUCCGCUGUCGGGGGGCUGCAGGUCGCUGAUGCUGGCCACGACGACCUGCGCCAACUACCACACGAGGUCGAUCCACACGACAUUCAAUAACAAUAACAAUCUUCAACACUGCAGCACGGAAAUCGUCCCACUCAGCGCCGUCUGCCAGGGGUCUCAGCAGUCGGGUUAUCAUCAUACGAAGCAGCGAUAAGGCCAUCUGAGUGGGCGGACCCGCCGGCGACGGUGCUGGCCUCGACCUGGUUGCCCCAGGGAGUUGCAGCGUCGUCGCGCCGGACGGGGGCCAGGUCGUUGUUGACGAAAAGGAACAGGAGGAGGAGCGCCUCGAAGAUGCCGGCCUCCUCUCCAGCGAGCUUUAGAGGAAGGUGACCUGGUAUCACUGGUGCAGCUGUGACAGAUCCCUCCAUACUCCAUUGCGUUACCAUAAAUCAACAAGUAAAAUGCAUCAAAGAAGAACAGGAAAACGUCAGAUCCGAAUUCACGCAAAAUUUAACGUACAUUUAUGUAAUAAAAAUGGAUUGCAGUGUACUUUGUAUUACAAUUCAAGCUUUCAGCACCAUGAAUACUUCAAAGAUUUUAACGACCGAAGAAUGAUAACCACAUUCGGACCAAGAACUCUUAACUUUUUAAACGCGCCAUUUUCGGAAAAAGCACAUCAAGAUCGAUAAGAAACCGCGUAUGUGAGCAAUUCCGACCAAAGCGUUUUUUUUUUCAAUCGAAUAAAAAAGACUGUUUUCUGAUUAAGACUUAUAUAAUAUGUUAUCCUUUGUUAUGUCAAAGUGAUAAAUCGAUAUUAUAAAAAAGCGUUAGAACUUUUUACCAUUUAUGUAAACAGUCUAAGAAAUAAAAUGAAAAUAAUGUUGAACUUAUAAUAUAAAACGUGAUGUAAUGGUUCAAAUUGAAAAAAAAUUGUUGUUUAGAAAAAAGUAAAAAUAAGUAUAUGUAGAUACCAAGUUUUAGUGUGUAAGAUAAAACCAUGGUUAAUGUAUAAGAUUUAAGAAAUAUGAUGCAGCAAAUAUUCAAACAGCGAGUUCAAAAGAAAGCUAGCAUUAAUUCAUAUUAAAAUAGGAAAUAAUCCGAUUUUCUAUUAGUAUGUAAGAACAUGUAAAUAUACAUAAAGCGUAGACAGUCUUAGAUUUUUACUUCAUUUUCUAUAUUUUUGUUAUUUACAAUAUACAUUUUGAAAUAUUAUUAUUUUUGUUGUUAUUUAGUUGCUUUGAAAGACACGAAUCAUAGUAAAGGUAAGGGGGACAUUAUUUUUUGUUUCAUAAAAAUAGUUUUAGUAGAAAGAAAUAAUAUAAAGAAAAAAUCAAGCGGUUUAUCAGUAUUAAAGACAAGCAGAAUAAUUUACAAUAAUUCAAAUAUUUUCCUAAUUAAUUAGCAUCUUCGGACGCGAAUCUUGAUUACUUAAAUCAUUUUCAAUGCCAUGAUUGAACAAUAGACUACAAAAUAUAAAAUAGUCAUAUAUGACAUUAUUUCACUUUGUUUAUAAUAACGUAUGAACAUUAGUGCAAUGUUCGCUUCUUUACAUAUAAUGAUGUAUAGAAUAAUUCUUAUAAUGGUACACCUACGUACGCUAAGGCGACGUCUGCUAUUGUGUAAUUUGUUAUUUCUCCCGCUAUUGUUGCAAACAAAAGAGAAACAACGAAUAUGAUAAUAGUGAGAAUUACGACGAUAAUAUCAAAACGCAGUUUGUUCUUCGCUUAUUAUUUAUCGAGCAGCUUAAAUCUGACAUCUUUAUCGCCGCUGAAUAUACUUAUUCCGCAGCAUAAUGCAUUUAACGAAGCGCCUAGUUCAGGAGCAACGGAAAUAGUUUGACGAAGCGAAUUCGUAUUAAACGCCUUAUUCUUUUUAAUAUUACUCUUUUUUCCUUAAAUUUUUUUUAUCAUAAAAUUUCUGAACCUCACGCAUUAUAACAAUUUUUUACGUUUUCUAAAGUCGCUCUUAUACUUUAAGAUCAUGUAAAAGUAAAAAUUUGUCGAAAAGCAUCUAUGAAGCUUGCUGUCACCCCUUUAAGAUGUUAUAAAACACUAAGUGCAGUAACAAAGCUCUUUCGUUCUUAAUGUGAAUUAAGCCACUAUCGAUAUACAAAUGUGUUUUUGUACAAAUAAAAAAAAAAA